AUGCCUCCACAAGUAAAACAGGUCGAUAAAUUGACUAUUAUCUUUCUCGUGGAUAACUGUAUCGAAUGGAUGACGAAAUUACCUCCUGGGUUUUCUCAUGAGUUGCCCCAACAUCUGCAGCAAACUAGCCAUGGUGUAUUCGACAAAGAGAAAGGUGUCCCAGUGCUGGACUUUGAUAAUUUUUGCUGUGGCGCUCAUGGAUUUUCCGCAUUGAUCGAAACAUCGGUCACUGGCGAAGAGAGCUCCCGGCUGACGUUAUUCGACACUGGACCUGACUCGCUAUCUCUCGUUAGAAAUAUAAAGGCUAUGGAGGUCCCUGUCCAUAGGAUUGAGAGAGUGAUUACAUCCCAUUGGCAUAGCGAUCACACUGGAGGACUUCUUUCAUUUCUUGCCUUGAAGAAGGAUAUAGACGGAGGUCUUCACAAACGUCCCUGUAUUGUUGAUGUUCACCCUAGCCGUCCGAUUGCUAGAGGAAUUGCUCCUGGGCCAGGAUAUGACAAAGUAAUUUGUGCUUUGCCCCUAGAUCCUACCAUUGAAUCAAUUCAAACUGCUGGAGGUAUAGUGGAACCACACUCCGAGGGACAUGCAGUGGCAGAUGGCGCUAUCUGGGUUAGUGGGGAGAUACCUAGGGUAACCGAUUUUGAGACAGGGAUACUUGGGGGACAUCGAUGGAUGAAGGAAAGUACAGACAACGGUCAUGGUGGAAAAUGGGUGAACGAACCGCAUAUCAUGGAUGAAAGGUAUGCUGCUAUCGAUGUUGCAGGAAAGGGGCUGGUAAUAUUCAGCGCGUGCUCUCACGCAGGGAUUGUGAAUGUGGUGAAGGAUGCGGUAGAGACUUUCAACAGGCCUAUCUAUAUGAUUAUUGGUGGCCUCCAUCUUGCGGGGCCAGAAUUCAGUCCUAGGAUACCAAAGACUGUCAAUUUUUUGUCUAAUUCACUCAGACCUUCGCCAAUGUAUAUUCUUCCUAUGCAUUGCAGUGGCUUCCAGUCGAAGAUUGCUCUGGAAAAAUCCUUUGGUGAAGGUUGUGUACCUGGUGGAGUAGGCUUAAAAGUGGAGGUUGUUGGUGACAGGGAGCAUGACGGGCGCUUAUUCCCUCCAACAAUUGUUUGA